AGAAAAAUAAUCAGGAUUUUUCCGACUCAUUUCAAAUCCUACAUGCUGGCAGGGCAUUGCGAAUACUUAGACUAGCGAAAUUAUUAUCUUUGGUGAGGUUAUUGCGGUUGUCUCGUUUAGUGCGAUACGUCUCACAAUGGGAAGAAGUAUAUAUCCUACAAAAUCUCCAAAAAAAACAUUCAGCUCGAAGAGGAAGAUCUUUUCAAAAAGAACAGGCGGGCUUUUCAAAAAGCAAUCUUAUUUUUAAGUUUCUCAACAUGGCUUCCGUUUUCAUGCGGAUAUUCAAUCUCAUCUGUAUGAUGUUAUUAAUAGGACACUGGAGCGGAUGUUUGCAGUUUUUAGUUCCUAUGCUUCAAGGAUUUCCAUCAAACUCUUGGGUGGCAAUAAAUGAAUUACAGGAGGCCUAUUGGUUGGAACAAUAUUCAUGGGCUUUAUUCAAAGCAAUGUCCCAUAUGCUUUGUAUAGGUUACGGAAGGUUUCCACCACAAUCACUUACCGAUAUGUGGCUAACGAUGCUAUCCAUGAUAUCUGGAGCAACAUGUUACGCGUUAUUCCUGGGGCAUGCAACCAACCUAAUUCAAAGUUUAGAUUCAAGCAGGCGGCAAUAUCGAGAAAAGGUCAAGCAAGUCGAGGAAUAUAUGGCAUACAGGAAACUACCGAGGGAUAUGAGACAAAGGAUAACCGAAUACUUUGAGCAUCGAUAUCAAGGAAAGUUCUUCGAUGAGGAAUGCAUUCUAGGAGAGCUUAGUGAGAAACUAAGAGAAGAUGUGAUAAACUACAACUGUAGGUCUUUGGUUGCUUCAGUGCCUUUUUUUGCCAAUGCUGACUCUAAUUUUGUAUCAGAUGUAGUAACUAAAUUAAGAUACGAAGUAUUUCAACCUGGUGAUAUUGUAAUUAAGGAGGGAACAAUAGGAGCAAAAAUGUAUUUUAUCCAAGAAGGAAUUGUCGACAUAGUAAUGGCAAAUGGAGAGGUUGCAACCUCACUAUCAGAUGGAUCUUAUUUUGGAGAAAUUUGUCUUCUUACCAAUGCUAGGCGUGUUGCAAGUGUUCGAGCAGAAACCUACUGCAAUUUAUUCUCUUUGAGUGUAGAUCAUUUCAAUGCUGUUCUGGACCAAUAUCCAUUGAUGAGAAAAACAAUGGAGACUGUAGCAGCAGAGAGGUUAAACAAAAUCGGGAAGAACCCUAAUAUUAUGUCUCAUAAAGAGGAAUCGGAAUCAGCUAACGCGGAAACUAAUCAAAUAAGCGCUGUGGUAAAUGCGUUAGCAGUUGAAGCAGAAAAUAAUUUAAAUAAUCUUAGUGAUGAAAGUGGAAGCUUGAAAAAAGUGCAUUCUGAUUUGAGUUUGACGGAGUUGAAUCAAAGUUUAAGAAUGAGUUUACCCAGGCCAAAAAGUGGUGAAUUUAGAGCACUGUUUGAAGGUAGUCCUUAGGAACACAACAACUCUCUCUGGAAUUGACAAAUACUCUUCUAUAGGAUACAAGUGAGAUAUAUGUAAUAAACUUUUAGUUUGAUAUAAAGUGAAAGUGUUUAUUUCUAAUUUGUUUUUAAUUUCAUGUGUUUGCCGUAUGCUUGUAGCCAUUCAAGUAUUACAAGAGAUCAAUUAAUUAAUAGUACAAGUUUAGCUAUGGACAAUGUAUCGGAGGAAAUAAACUGUCAGCAUACAAGAGCACAUGCCGUUUUAUAGAA